UAGGGCGCAUCUCGUGGAGGGUGUGCCGCGCGGAGGUGCACACGAAAAUAAAGUCUUAUAUAUACGAUCGGCGUGCGAACACAGCCAUGCCAUUACACUGUUUGCAUUACAGUCAGCUAGCAGCAGCAGUAGCAGUAGCAGUGCAGCUGCUCGAAAAGUCAACAGCGCCCUAGCGACAGCGACGCGGUGUGUGAAAGUUGUGCGCGUUUGUGUGUGUGUGUGCCAUUGGUAUCCCUACGCUCGGGUGAAACUGCAGUCGAAUAUCCUGAGCGUUUUUGGGGGGGGGGCGCGAAGCUAGUCAAAUUCGUUCCAUCAUAAGCCAAAACCUCAAACAGUGUGCUGGUAAAAUGUGUUGCCUUCAGCGUCUGGUAGACACGAGUCCGCUGCUCCAGCAGGCAACGUCGGACAUUCGCACGGGUGUCGCGCUGCUGGCCGACGAAAAGCUAGAGCAGGUGCGUGUCCCGGCUGCAGGCAGCCAUCCGGACCCGCAAUCAUCAAGCGAGCAGCUGCAUCAGGACGUGCUCGGGGCGGCCACGCGAGCAACGCGCUCCCUGCUGCAGCGUCUUCGCGAUCAAACGCACCGCCUGCAGCGCAGCCCACUGUACAAGAUACUAACAGGCACGACGCAACCGAGUCACGCAAUAUCGGCGAUCAUGGUGUCGAUGGUGCUAGUAGCCCUCUGGCCCAACCUGAUCAGCGGCCAGGGUGCGACCGGCGGCGAAAAGUGUGAGCACAGCCGAUCGGGUGCUGGAGACAGUGGCCGCAGCCACCCCUUGACCCAAAUUGCUUACCUCGGGUCCUUUACCAUCCACUUUGGUGCGCAAAUAUGGAUGACAUUCGUGUCAGGGCUAGCUCUGUACUUUUCCCUACCGCGCCACACGUUCGGCCUGAUCCAAGAGGUAUUGUUUCCGAAGUACUUCACGCUCGGUACCGGUCUGAGCACGAUUAGCCUGGUCAGCUUCGUCGAGCUGCGACGCAGCACCCAGCCGGAGCUGGCCGACCGCCACUUGGCGCACUGGGAUCCGGUCGAUCUGCUGCAGAUUGUGGCGCUGGCAGUGACCGCCUCGCUCGAGCUGUUCGUACGGCUGUACCUAGCCCCGCCGAUGCUGCGCCUGAUGCACGAGAAGCAUCGCAUCGAGGCGGGCGCCAGCAUCGGGCAGGAGGUGGGCCAGUUCGACGGGGCGGGCAACGGCUUCCUGGAGCGCUCCCGCCACUACAAAGCGACGCACAAGAAGUUUCGCCAGAUACACAUGACCACCGCCAUCCUCAACAUGGUGUCGCUGACGUGCACGUGCGUGCAUUUGCUCUACCUCGCAACACGUGUGACCGUUUGAAGCACGCCAACGUGUGCAUGUGUGUGUGUGAUCCAACAAUCAACCAUAUGAUUAUGCCCCUUCUGCUAGUGUUGUAAGCAUAUUUAUUUCUCCCUCAUGGAUGCACAAGCACCAAUGAGACCCUCUCCAUCAUCUGCCACCCUCGCUACCACUGAUCUCCACUCUGCGAAAAUUUAAUCUCAGACUAGGACGCGGUUGCGCACGGAGAGGGCAACCUGUAGGUUUAGCAAUCGCAUCAGUGACAGGCGGCUGUGCGCUGUCUGCCUGCUUCAAACCCAGCCAGCCCUUCGCGAGCACACUUCCGCCAUUAUGCAAAAGGCUAACGCACACACACAGAAAGUAACAAACAGUAUUGUUUCGUGAAGCGCACGAAGACGGUGCCGAAACUGUGAUCAGCUCGCUCAGCAACAGCGGCAAAACCCAUGCAGUGCCAUACGGAAAAUAUACGGUCGAAACAACGACGAUUCUCAGCGGGGUUUGAAAUUGGGCGGGAGGGGGGGGGAGGGGCGUGACCGUGCGAUACAGUCAAAUAGAGCGUCAGUAAAAAAUCGUAAGUGCAGAGAGGAAAUUUUAAUACAAAAAACGCACACUCGGGCGCUAGGGACGCGGUCAUAGUGUCCGUGUGCUCAGUAACCGGUGGCCCCGGAAUUAGCGAGACUGUUGCUACGUAAAGCACCAAGUUCCUUUUAUGUUUUGUAAGCUCACCAUCUGCUAGGUGUUUAUUGUAGUUAUUUUAUAUUUUAAGAGAGGCACUAUAAACCAACCGAUAAUUAAGUAGGGGAAAUUUUAAUAGUCCCCCGCUCGUGGACGUGAUAAAACGAUAAUUGUCAUAAUAAACCGUAAAAAUAAGACGACGGCAGCUCCAGACAGCUCCAACAUUUUUAA